AUGAAAUGUAUGUAUGAAAAUAUAACCAUGAAAAUUACGGAAUCUAUCGUCAAUGGAUCCGAAUCGAAUUCAGAUGUCAAAGAAAGUUGCUAUUCCAUUCCGACAAACAAUAUGUCGGGUGGGUCGCACGUAUCGAGAGGGACGUUUGGCAUGGACUCUGAAAUAUCCGGAAGUAGCGCUCCGCCCCUCCCGAGUCCAGCGUCUCCGGGUGCUGCGCUAGUGUCCCCCGAGACCCUGAGCCGGCACAGUAGUCCUCCGCCUAUACCCGCUCACCCAUCUCACCAACCGGCACCAUCAUGUUCUUCACAUAGAGUUCACAUGGAAUCACCUUUAAGGUUGUCCAGUCCACCGUCGAUGACUCUAGGUGCGUUGUCUCUCCAACCCGUGCUGUACGGGCCCGGAAGCGGCUCGGGCCAGCCACCUCUACCACCGACCAGACAUCCGUCACGGCCAUCCGCGACGCUACAGAACAUGCACAUUAUUAGCGCUGGUGAUGCGCUUGCGACGACUCUAUCUGCAUUGUAUGGGAAGCUGCUAGUUGUGAUGGGUGUUGCGUUUCCUAUGGCCGAAGUUAUCUCUACUUACAUUCCACCAUCAUUCUAUGAGGGCUUCUAUCUGUAUUUAUAUAUAGGCAGCAUGGUGUUCCUCCUGUACAUGUAUGCAGCUCUCCUCCGAGACAGAUCGCGCUCAGCAGCUGACACCGCCGUCGUCGCCAAAUCAGAUUCGAGCUCCUCACAAUCGGAAUCGGAUUCGUGUUCAUCUAGAACAGAGCGCAGUAACACGACUGCUGCGCACGCGUCGCCGCAGUUAGCCGCUAAACGGUUAUCCCUCGGGUUCGCCCUCGCUACACGUACACAUCACUAUGGCAGCUUCUAUUUGAGGAUGGGCGCUGUGGCUUUUGGAAUCGGGUCGAUGAUCUAUUCAGGCUUAGAAUUCGGACAGUAUUGGGAGCUAGAAAGGAAUACCAACUGCCAUAAUGUUUUGCUCGCAUUGACACCUGCCACUCGCAUGGCCUUUAUCUUCAUACAGAUGUACUUCAUUUUUCUCAACAAUGAGAUGAAAGUGUACAAGCACAAGAUAGUUGCGAGAUUCGGAUUAAUGCACAUGGUGGGAACAAAUCUAAGCGUGUGGUUAAAUGUUCUUGUUCAAGAAACAAAACACGAAAUACUCACGUUCUACGAUCCUGAGAAUAAAACUAUUGGGAUCUCUCAUCGGCUUGCAUUUCAAAAGGCGUUUGCAUCGUUAUCGACUGAAGUACCACCUUCACACCCUGCAGCGGCACAUUUGCGAGUUCCCCGAGGCUUGAAGGGCCCACAUCAUAUUUUUGAAUGCCGUCGAACAAACAUCAUGGGUUCUUUGGUACAAGAUGCUUCACCAUUCCUUUUCCCAUGUACGAUAGAGUACUCCCUUAUAUGUGCAGCAAUACUUUAUGUUAUGUGGAAAAAUAUUUCUAAAUAUCCAUCUAAGGAUGUCGCUGAAGCUAUUGCUAAAGCUCGGUUAUUAGAAGGCUUGGCGUAUAAAAAGUCACCACAUUUAUAUAGCGUUGAUUGCGCUAGAGCUCAUAAAGGGCUAUUUUUUGGAAUCCUUGUCUUGGUCUUUACUAUUAUAUCGCUUGUUUUAUUCUUUGUUCUUAUAUCAAGAAAGGAGUAUGCAACUUUGGCGGUAGUAGAGGUAAACGUGUGUGAGCUAGCGCUUUACGCCAUGACAACAUUUGCUAGUUUGGCGGGAAUGGUAUGCGUGAGAAAUUUAAAAUAUGAUGGAAACAGGAAUUUGGAACUCGAUAAUAUUCUUCUUGUUGGCGCUCAAACUGGAAUGUUCAUUUACGGCACAUUCACAAUAAUUGGUGGACAUUUUACUAUAGAGAAGAAUACAAUACUCAUAUUGAUAACGGCGUUAUCUUCUUUGGUCCAAACGACUUGUCAGACUAUGUUCAUUUUGGAUGCUAGUCGUAGAUCAGCAAAAACUCCUGAACAGCUGCGAAAAAAGCCCGGAAGGGAAAUAGUUACUUUCCUUUUAGUUACUAAUUUGGCAAUGUGGGCUAUAAACACUUUGGAGAAAUCUCGAGCGGAAUCUCAUCCAGUACAGUUACAUUUCUACGGGCUUUGGGCUUGGACGAUAAUAACGCACGUUUCGAUGCCUCUGGCUAUAUUCUAUCGAUUCCAUUCGACUGUCUGUUUAUGUGAAAUAUGGAAAAGGGCGUACAAAAUGAAACCUGCUUACAUG